CAAGAUUCUCCUCCUCUUCCUCCCGGAGGGGAAGGAACGGAGACGGAGACGGCGGAGCAGCUGCUCCGGAGAGAGCAAGCCAAGGCCCUUGCCCGUGAGGCUCGGGACUGGAGGAGGAGGAGGCGGAGGCGGAGGGAAGUGCGCGUCAUUCCCGGGAGGAGAGUGUUUCACCUCCAGGCAGAGGCUGCGGCUGCCAGUUGCGUAAAAGCGGCAGCGGCGGCGGGCCGGGGCUGGAGGGGCUCCCUGGCCAUGGAGGGAAGAUCCAGACCCGGGGACGCCAGGAGCUCGGCUCUGUCUCUUUGGACUGCUGUGUAGGCACCUGAAUUAGCCGACGCUAAGCGGGGGAGGGGAAGGCCCAGAAAAGGAAGGUUAGAAGUGAAUUCUGAGUCAUCACCUGUUUCCCUUUAACAGUCUGUGAAUGAGCAAAGCAAGUGACAGUAUAUCAUGCAUGCCACUAAUUCCAGGGGCCACUCCCCUGCUUUCCUGCAACCUCAGAAUGGAAACAGCCAUCGCUCAUCUGGCUAUGUUCCAGGGAAGGUUGUCCCACUGCGUCCCCCUCCUCCUCCAAAGAGCCAAGCUUCAGCCAAAUUUACCUCUACCAGACCGGAAGCCCGGGCCACCUUUGCUUUCUCAUCUGAGGAACAACAAGCCCAGAGAGAAAGCCGAAAGCAGAAGAGGCACAAAAAUACUUUCAUUUGCUUUGCUAUUACUAGUUUUUCAUUUUUUGUUGCACUUGCAGUCAUUUUAGGAAUAUCCUCAAAAUAUGCUCCAGAUGAGAAUUGCCCAGAUCAAAACCCCCGUCUCAGGAACUGGGAUCCAGGACAAGAUUCUGCAAAACAAGUUGUUAUCAAGGAGGGAGAUAUGUUCCGCCUGACGUCAGAUGCCACGGUGAACUCUAUAGUCAUUAAGGAUGGAGGACUGCUUGUAUUUGGGGACGAUAAAGAUGGAUCCAGAAAUAUUACUUUGAGGACUCGUUACAUCCUGAUCAAGGAUGGUGGGGCGCUUCAUAUUGGAGCAGAAAACUGCCGCUAUAAAUCCAAAGCGACAAUUGCCUUGUAUGGCAAGUCAGAUGAAGGUGAAAGUAUGCCAACAUUUGGCAAAAAAUUUAUUGGUGUGGAAGCCGGCGGGACACUGGAAUUACAUGGGGCACAGAAGGCAUCGUGGACGCUGUUGGUGAGAACUCUGAAUUCCUCAGGCUUGACCUUUGGCUCCCAUGCCUUUGAAAAGGACUUUUCCAGGGGCCUCAAUGUGAGGGUCAUUGACCAAGACACAGCCAAAAUUUUGGAAAUUGAGAGGUUUGAUACCCACGAAUACCACAAUGAAAGUAGGCGACUUCAGAAAUUCCUGAGAGACCAGGAUCCAGGACGGAUUGUUGCCAUAGCUGUUGGAGAUUCAGCAGUCAAAAGCCUCUUACAAGGAACCAUACAAAUGAUCCAGGACCGGCUGGGAAGUAAGCUGAUCCAAGGACUGGGCUACAGGCAAGCUUGGGCUUUGGUUGGUGUCAUUGAUGGUGGAAGUACUUCUUGCAAUGAAUCUGUGAGAAACUAUGAGAAUCAUAGUAGUGGAGGAAAGGCUCUUGCACAAAGAGAAUUUUAUACUGUGGAUGGUCAGAAGUUCUCUGUGACAGCUUAUAGUGAAUGGAUUGAAGGUGUUUCUCUUUCCGGUUUCCGGGUAGAGGCCGUGGAUGGAGUGAAACUUCAUCUGCUGGAUGACGUUAGUAGCUGGAAACCUGGAGAUCAGAUUGUGGUCGCAAGCACGGACUAUUCCAUGUACCAAGCAGAGGAGUUCACUCUUCUCCCCUGUCCCAAGUGCAACCGCUUCCAGGUCAAAGUCAAAGAAACGCCUCAGUUCCUGCACAUGGGUGAGAUUAUAGAUGGUGUAGACAUGAGAGCUGAGGUUGGAAUUCUUACCCAGAAUAUUGUAAUCCGAGGAGAAAUGGAAGACUCAUGCUACGCUGAAAACCAGUGCCAAUUCUUUGAUUACGAUACCUUUGGGGGACAUGUCCUGAUAAAGAAAAAUUUUACUUCAGUUCAUCUUUCUCAUGUGGAAUUGAAACACAUGGGUCAGCAGCACCUGGGGCGGUAUCCUGUUCAUUUUCACCUGUGUGGAGACGUGGAUUAUAAAGGAGGGUACAGACAUGCAACAUUUGUGGACGGCCUAUCUAUUCAUCACAGCUUCUCAAGGUGCAUCACUGUGCAUGGGACAAAUGGCUUGCUGAUAAAAGACACCAUCGGAUUUGACACACUAGGUCAUUGUUUCUUUUUGGAAGAUGGUAUUGAACAGAGAAACACUUUGUUCCACAAUCUGGGACUCCUCACCAAACCAGGCACCCUACUUCCCACUGAUAGGAAUAACUCCAUGUGUACCACCAUGAGGGAAAAAGUGUUUGGAAAUUACAUCCCCGUGCCUGCCACUGACUGUAUGGCUGUUUCAACUUUCUGGAUUGCUCAUCCCAACAAUAAUCUGAUUAAUAAUGCAGCUGCAGGCUCACAGGAUGCUGGAAUAUGGUAUUUAUUCCACAAGGAACCUACGGGGGAAUCCAGUGGAUUGCAGCUCUUAGCGAAACCAGAACUCACUCCAUUGGGAAUAUUUUAUAACAACAGGGUCCAUUCAAGUUUUAAGGCUGGCUUAUUUAUUGACAAAGGUGUCAAAACAACCAAUGCUAGUGCUGCUGACCCAAGGGAGUACCUCUGUUUGGAUAACAGUGCAAGGUUUCGGCCUCAUCAGGAUGCAGACCCUGAAAAGCCACGUGUUGCUGCUUUAAUUGACAGGCUCAUUGCUUUUAAAAAUAAUGAUAACGGAGCUUGGGUCAGAGGAGGAGACAUUGUCAUUCAGAAUUCAGCAUUUGCAGAUAAUGGAAUAGGACUGACCUUUGCCAGUGACGGAAGCUUCCCAAGUGAUGAAGGUUCCAGCCAAGAGGUAUCUGAAUCUCUCUUUGUUGGGGAGAGCAGGAAUUACGGAUUUCAGGGUGGUCAGAACAAGUAUGUAGGCACUGGAGGAAUAGACCAGAAGCCUCGGACAUUACCCAGAAACAGGACGUUCCCAAUUAGAGGCUUUCAGAUCUAUGAUGGGCCCAUUCAUGUCACCAGGUGCACUUUCAAACAAUAUGUGCCAACUCCAGAUAGGCAUACCAGUGCUAUUGGCUUCCUCAUGAAGAAUUCUUGGCAGAUAACCCCCAGGAAUAACAUCUCCCUUGUGAAGUUUGGUCCACAUGUGUCUCUCAAUGUCUUCUUUGGAAAGCCUGGUCCCUGGUUUGAAGAUUGUGAGCUAGAUGGUGAUAAGAACUCCAUAUUCCAUGACACUGAUGGCUCUGUGACAGGAUACAAGGAUGCUUACGUGGGAAGAAUUGACAACUACCUGAUCCGCCAUCCAAGCUGUGUAAAUGUUACCAAAUGGAAUGCAGUGGUGUGCAGUGGGAACUAUGCCCAGGUCUAUGUGCAGACAUGGAGCACUCAGAAUCUGACUAUGACCAUCACACGAGAUGAGUAUCCAGCCUACCCUAUGGUGCUCCGGGGAAUUAACCAGAAGGCAACCUUUCCACAGUACCAGCCUGUGAUCAUGCUGGAGAAGGGCUACACCAUCCAUUGGAAUGGGCCAGCACCGAAGACUGCUUUUCUAUACCUCAUAAACUUCAACAAGAAUGACUGGAUUCGAGUUGGGCUCUGCUAUCCGUCAAACACAAGUUUUCAGGUUACCUUUGGCUUUCUACAGCGGCAUAACGGCUCAUUAUCCAAAAUGGAAGAGUAUGAGCCCUUGCAUUCGCUGGAGGAAUUGCAGAGGAAACAGUCUGAGAGGAAAUUCUAUUUUGACUCCAGCACGGGGUUGCUGUUUUUGUAUCUAAAAGCCAAAAGCCACAGGGAUGGUCACAGUUACUGUUCAUCUCAGGGAUGCGAAAGAGUCAAGAUCCAGGCAGCAACAGACUCAAAAGACAUCAGUAACUGCAUGGCCAAAGCGUAUCCCCAGUAUUACAGAAAGCCAUCAGCACUCAAGCCGAUGCCAUCCAUGCUCAAGGGACUCUGUCAAGGCUGCGGAACCCGUCAGGUGGUGUUUACAAGUGAUCCUCAUAAAAGCUACCUCCCUGUGCAAUUCCAGUCACCCAGUCAAGCAGAGACUCAGCGUGGAGACCUGUCUGUUAUUUCUAUCAACGGCACUGACUUUACCUUCCGAAGUGAGGGCGUCCUCCUCCUGAUUGUGGAUGCCUGCAGUGUUCCCUUCCGGUUGACAGAAAAAAAGGUUUUCUCUUUUGCUGAUGUCAGUCUCAUGGAAGAGUAUUUAAAAACAAGCAUCCCUCCAAGGUCAAUUGUCCUGUUGAGCACAAGAGGAGAGAUAAAGCAGUUGAAUAUUUCAGAUUCGUUAGUAUCUCUGGGAUUAGCCAAACCAGCCAAUCUUUAUAACAAAGGGAGUACCAUAUUUUUGGGAUUCAGUGGAAACUUUAAACCAUCAUGGACUAAGCUGUUUACUAGUCCUGCUAGAGAGGGCCUUGGGCUGCUUGAACAAUUCGUACCUUUGCAGCUGGACGGAUAUGGUUGUCCCAGAGCUGGCACGGUCCGCAGAAGAGACUUGGAGCUGUUGAAGCAAACUUCAAAAGCACAUUAAAGACUAACUGUAACUUAGCUGGGGGAAAAAAUGUGAACUAACUUAUUUAAUUUAUGGCAUUUUAAAAUGACACUGUUAACCCAACGGAACUAUUUUCCUGUUUGAUACAGAAAGGGGAGAAAAGAAAGAAUUUAAAGUGAUUGCUUGAAUAUGGGCUCACGCACCUUCUAGUUGUACAAAAUGUUAAAGAAUUUAUUUGUGUUUGUUAGGCUGGUGUAUUUCAGAGAACAGUUCUCUUAUUCCUCACCUCCCACUCCUGUGUUUUGUAGUGACCAUAAGCAGUGCUUCACCUUUUGUACAAUGGGACGUCUUGGGGGAGGGAGGGGGCUUCUGAGAGUCAGCCUGAGUCCUUGAGAGGACCAGCUCUUGUAGCACCUUGGAUACUUGAAGUCUAAUGCUCAGUUGUGUUGUUGACUUUGGGUCAGCAGUUGACCUGCGUGGCUGGCAUGUUCAGGAAUGCCUUGGGCCCUGGUUCCAGACAGCCUUUGAGGAUUUGGUAUGAUACUGAAUGGUAGAGUUUUAAGUGGCAACUCAGGCCCAGCUCAUGCCCUUUUUUGCCCGGACAUGUGCUAUUUUUAUUCAUUUGUAUAUUGAUUCCUUCUAAGGGUUCAACUUUCAAACAAGAAGUAUGGAAUAUAUUGGGACAGAGGGCUUUUAGGGGUUAGACAUCCCUUUAAUCUGUGACCAUUGGGCAAAAAUUUGACCUGAACCAUGGUCUGAUGUUGGUGGGACCAUUUUUGCAGCUUUAAUCUUUAGCCUGUUUUGACUGUAUAUUUGUAUUUAAAAUGCAGAGCUGAGCUAAAUAUUUACAUUUUUUUAAAAAAGAAGCAGGCCAUUUUCCUGAACUAUAAACUUGGGUCGUUUCAACUUGCACAAAGGAAGUCUGUUCUUGGAGUUUCUCCUGCACCCAGUUUUUUGUUGUUUUUGUGUGUGGAUUUUUUUUUAAGCUUUACUGCUCACCAACCUGGCAGGACAGUUGCAGAAAGCUUAAUGAUACCCCCAAAAUACCCGCAAAACUCAGGGGGAGAAAAAAGGGAGAGCCUUUUAAGGGCCAGAAUCGUGGAGGGAAUAUUCAGAAACCUUUUUUUAGCCUUAGAGGAAUCCGUUACUCUUAACUAAAUUGUUAGAGCCAAUUAAAAAAAGACACUGUGGUGCCAUAGUUUUCUUCCCCCUAGGUGCAUGCAUCUCCUGCCAGUGAGCACUGCAUGUGGCAAAAGAUUGUUGCCACAGCCUGGGAUGUCACCACGCCAAGAGGAAAGAAGCAUUGUAAUGCCUUUACCUUUUCCUAAACCCACAAUGCAUGAAGUGUAGUGGAGGGAUGGCCGUGGCAAGACGGGAGGGAGUAUGUUCAGGUUGACUUUGGCAGUGAGUACAGACAAAUUCACUUUUCUCUACCAAGAGCAACGGCUGAUGGCCUGUCCUUUUAUGUCCAAGAGAAACUGCAGAGCAGCUCUGUGACUUCUAUUACUUUAUAAAAUAUGCUACCUCAAAGUGCUACCGAUAAACCUUUCUAACUGUAAGUGCUCUUGCUAAGGGCACAUGUCUUAAUCAAAGUUUAGGUUUUGGGGUGGUUUUUUUUUGUAUAUCGAUGAAUGAAAUCUUACCUAUUAAAUAUAUUAUUGGAUCAUUGUUCCUCAAGGUGAUUAAAGUUUGUGUGUGUGUGUGUGUGUGUGUGUGUGUGUGUUUGUGUGUUUUAUGACCAAUAUCUUUUACGUGUGAUUUUUAGAGUUUGGCUCUUUAAAGAUUUGGAGAGGAUAUGUACGUUCUAAGGCACUCAGUUUUUCUGAUUUAUAUGCUAAUGAUCAGGGCCUAAGUUAAAUAAAUAAAAAUAUGCGUGCAUGUAUAUUUUUUUAUAUUUGUGUGUGACUCUAUUGAUCUAGCAAGCAGUCAGUCAAUCUGUCAUUUUUUUAUUCCCUAUCCCAGCUGUAAAGAACCUAUGGGCAGACAUAAGGAAGGGAAAUUGUCCUCCACUAAGUAGAUUUUGUAAAACUAAGUAAUCUUCAUUAAGGCCAAUGCAGAGGUUCUCAAUGUUGGCUUCACAUUGGAGUCACCUGGGGAGCUUUAAAAACUGUGACGUCCUGGGCCCCACCCGCCAGCUCCUACAUUCAGAUUUAAUUGGUGUGGGGUGCAGCCUGGGCUUUGGAAUAUUUUUUAAAGCUCUCUGGGUGACGCUAAUAACAUGUAGCCAGGUUUAAGAACCACUGCACUCAUGUAAUAGGCCCACUUAAAGCCUAUAAUUUUUUUGUGAGGAAAACAAA